GUACAUGCACAAAUAAUUGGUUGUAUACAACGGAAGUUUUUGAAAUAUUAUGUUCAUCCGAAUGAUACAAUUAGAAAUGGUAAUGAAGAUAUCAUAGAUCAAACUGUUUAUUUCAAGAAUGCAACUCUUGGCCCAUGGCUUUUUUGUUGGCUUGAUCCUGCAACCGAUUUUCAUUGUACAAAAGUAAAUUAUUUUACAACAGAAGAGCCAUAUGAUGUUACAACUUCGGUUGAAUUUUCAGUACAUCGUGCAUUCAUUUUUAUGAUUUCUGGUACUGUGUUAAUUAUUUUGGGUUCAAUUAAUGCUAUCAUAUGCUAUCUUCAAGAAUGGCCAUAUCACUCUCUUAUGUGUUGUUCCGUAUUGCAUAUUUUUUCUGGAAUGGCAAAUUUUGCAUGCAUAAUUGUUUACAUGGCUGCUGUUUCAAAAGAAGUGGGCAAUAAAAUUUAUGCUACCUCCAAAAUAGAUGAUCCACUUUUUCAUUAUUCAUAUGGAUAUUCCUUUAUUAUGCUUGAAAUUUCAUUUUUGGGAAAUGAAUUUGCUGCGCUAUUUUCACUUGUAGUUUAUAUGGCUAUACAUGAUGAACGUAUAUUUAACAAAUAUUAUAUAAGAUCUUUGUUGGCUAGAAUAGAUGAGACAGAUUUCAUGAGAAAAUGUCAUUGUCGAUAUCAUAUAAAACAUCGACGAUCAACCAGGACUGUACCAGAAUUUUUAAGCAAUGAAUAUGCAUCCACCUGUAAAUCAAUCGCUCUUACCAACGCUCAGAAGAAAGCACAUAUUACUUCAAAAUCGGAUGAUGAUAUUUCCCGGUGUAAUUCUUUCCAAAAUUAA